CCUGCAGGAAGCAGGCGGAUCAGACUGGUGAAUGGGACAGGUCGCUGUGCCGGGAGAGUGGAGAUUUAUUACAAUGGCAGCUGGGGGACAGUCUGUGAUGAUUUCUGGGAUCUGUCAGACUCCAAUGUCGUUUGCAAACAACUGGGAUGUGGACAUGCCAUCAAUGCAACUGUCUCUGCUCAUUAUGGGGAAGGAUCCAGACAGAUCUGGCUGGAUGAUGUGAACUGCUCUGGGAAUGAAUCCGAUCUCUGGACGUGUCCUUCCAGGGGCUGGGGACAGCACAACUGCAGACACAAAGAGGACGCGGGAGUUCUCUGUUCAGAAUUCACAGAUCUGAGGCUGGUGAGUGACAGUGACUGUGCUGGGCGACUGGAGAUUUUCUACAAUGGGACGUGGGGCAGUGUUUGCUCCAAUCAGAUGUCUGGAGUAACCCCAGAAAUUGUCUGCAAACAGCUGAACUGUGGGGACAGAGGACAGAUUGCAAAAGACUUUGCAUAUGGAGCAGGUUCUGGUCCCACGUGGCUGGACCAUGUUGCAUGCACUGAGCAGCACAGGUCCCUUUGGCAGUGCCCAUCAGACAUGUGGAAACAGCAGUCCUGUGAUAAUCGCGCAGAAGAGACCCAUAUUUCCUGCAGUGGACAAAAAGAGAAAACACCUCAGACCCUGUUUGCCGAAUGCCCGAACACUACAAGCUGCACAGACCGGGAGAAGUUACGUGUCGUGGAAGGAAAGGACAGAUGCUCGGGGAGAGUGGAGGUUUGGUACCGUGGCUCCUGGGGAACAGUUUGUGAUGACUCCUGGGACAUGGCGGAUGCUAACGUUGUGUGUAAACAACUGGGCUGUGGAUCUGCUUUAUCUGCCCCGGGCGAGGCUGCAUAUGGCGAGGGGACUGGUCCCAUCUGGGUGGAGUCGUUGGAUUGCAGAGGGAGAGAGUCAUCUCUCUGGGAGUGUCCUGCCAAGCCCUGGGGUGAGAGCAACUGUGGCCAUAAGGAAGAUGUUGCAGUGAAUUGCUCAGGUGUGACAGAGACGACAGCAUCACUGAGUAGAACAGUUCCCCCGCGCCGUCCUCUGACUGACAGUGGGAGAGUCACAGUGCCCAUGGUCGUCUGCAUUAUCCUGGGGGCCCUGCUUUGCCUGGUCUUAAUCAUCCUGGGUGCACAGGUGCGAAGUGCCAGGGCACAGCGCAGAGGCUCCAGAAGAUUCUUGGACCCUUUCUCUGAGGCCGUGUAUGAGGAGAUCGAUUAUAACUUGAUGAGAAAGAAGCCGGAAAUGUUUGAUCACUCAGAUGACUCAGUGACAAAGUUGCAGUAUUACACUAAUGACAGCGAGGGGGAAAAUGAUCCUGGAUCAGAACAAGAAUCUAUGAUGAACAGCCCAAACUCCAAGACAACAGGCCUUUAA